AUGACUACUCUACUAUUGACAGCUGCUCUCGCGGCCGUGGGAACGGCAAGUCCACACUCGCCGCGCGCUGCCCUCAAUACAACGACAUCCGCGGACAGUGUCGUCAACAGCACGACCUGCAACGGCCAGACCUAUGUCUACCAGGAGCUUGCUGGGUACGGAUUCGUCGUGUCGGAUGCCGUGGACAAGUUUGGCGACACCUUGGGUGGCCUGGGAAGCGCAAUCUACAUUGACAAGACUUCGUGGAAGAAGUCGUGCAAUGGCACUUACACGGGGACUUUGUGGAGUCUGCCAGAUCGCGGUUGGAAUACGGAGGGAACGUUGAACUUUCAACCUCGAGUCCACAAGUUCACCGUCGCCUUGACACCAGCACCCAAUGCGACCGUGGCGGAUCCUUCGCCCCCAAACUUGAUCUUCUCGUAUGAAGACACCAUACGGUUCUCAGGCCCCGACGGAACACCCUGCACAGGUCUCGAUGCCGACGUCACGGGUCAUCUCUCGUACCCUGGCUUUCCCGACCUGCCGGUUGCCACUUACACUGGCGACGGUUUCGGCGGCGACGGCCCAGGCGGGCAGAGAAUCCCGGUCGACUGCGAGGGCUUGGUCGUCAAUGCUGAUGGCUCAUUCUGGAUCUCUGACGAAUAUGGGCCUUAUAUUUAUUUAUUCGAUGCGACUGGCCAGAUGCUAACAGCCAUACGUCCACCCGACGCCAUUGUGCCUUUUCGCAACGGCACCGAGUCCUUUUCGGCUGCCAGCCCACCUCAUUAUAUCGACGACGGCAAUGGUCCUCUCCCCAACCCAGAGCACCCCGAUACUGGCCGCGAGAACAAUCAUGGCUUUGAAGGCCUCACGGUUUCCGAGAACGGAAAAAGCCUCUGGGUUCUGCUGCAGGCUGCCACGGUGCAAGAAGGUGGCCUGGAGAAACAAACACAAAGAUACACACGCUUUUUGCAAUAUGACAUCUCGGCACCUCUGUCCCCAGUCUACAUCUCAGAGUACAUUGUCCCGCUGCCAUCCUACAUUGACCCAACCGCCAAGGCGUCCAAGAACCCCAAGAUCGCCGCGCAGUCCGAGGUGCACGCCCUGGCCAACGGACAGUUCCUCGUGCUCUCGCGCGACAGCGGCGCCGGCCACGGCCAGGACGAGUCCCAGUCCGUCUACCGCCAGAUUGACGUGUUUGACGUUGCCGGCGCCACCGAUGUCCGGGCCGCCGGGUACGACUGCACCAACUGCUCCGUCGCCGACGCGGAUACCGGCGUCCUCGUCGACGGCGUGGAUACGGCCACGUACUGCGGGUUCCUCGACUUUAAUGUCAAUAGCCAGCUGGGCCGUUUUGGCCUGCACAAUGGUGGGGAUCAGGAUGCUCAGCUCCUGAAUGAAAAAUGGGAAUCUAUUUCAAUCGUUCCUGUCGACCCGCGAAACCCUGAUGACGAGUACUUCGUCUUUAGUUUGAGUGACAAUGAUUUCAUAACACAAAAUGGGUUCUUAAACAAUGGACAGUUUACUUACGCGGAUUCAAGUGGAUAUAAUCUUGACAGCCAGGCGCUGGUGUUCAAGGUCACUAUCCCCAGCUAA